AUGGCACUAGUAGCUCAUUUUAAUUUGGAGCUACAUCAGAUGGAUGUAAAGACAUCGUUUCUUAAUGGCGACAUUACAGAAACGAUUUAUAUGGUACAACCUGAAAACUUUGUGUCCGGUGACCCAAAGAAGAUGGUGUACUUGGAUUAUCACAAAAGAGCUACAUCGAUAACCCCUGUGGCUAAAGGUGAUAAAUUCAGUUUGAAUCAAUGUCCCGAAAAUGAGCUUGCUAAAAAGGAAAUGAAAUUACUUCCCUAUGCAUCGGCUGUGGGAAGUCUUAUGUAUGCACAAGUAUGCACGCGUCCGGAUAUUGCGUUCAUAGUGGGCAUGCUAGGCAGAUACUUGAGUAAUCCCGGUAUGGAUCAUUGGAAAGCAGUCAAACGUGUUUUGCGGUAUAUGCAAAGAACAAAGGAUUAUAUGCUCACUUAUAGGAAAUCGGAUCAGCUUGAGAUCAUUGGGUAUUCUGAUUCGGAUUUCGCGGGAUGCCAAGAUAGUCGUAGAUCCACGUCAGGUUAUGUCUUUAUGCUCGCCGGAGGGGCUAUAUCUUGA